GGAGCGGCCAUGGCGGCGCACCGGCGGCGGGGCGGGCGCGGCGCAGGUCAUGAAGCAGAACACCCUCAAUCAAAAAAAGAUGCUGAAUCAAAACAAGGAUCAGUGCCUUUGGAAGAAGCAGUGUUGCAGCCAAUUCCUAUGGAGCAGCUUUUUUCUGCCCCUGUAACCCAAUAUCUGCUUCCUGUCCUCGGGGAAGUCCCCUCUGGAGAACCCCCUGAUCCAAAGAAAUGUUCUCCUCGAGAAUACUUGGAGUUUUACAUAUUCCCAGUGCUCUUGCCUGGGCUGGCUGCGCUUCUGCACGAAGCAGAGAAGGAGAAGUGCUUUGAGGGAAAAAGAACCAAAUUUAUUCCCUCUGAUUUCCUAACUGAGUGGUUAUACAACAAUAAUCCAGAGAGGAAAGAUGAGUCAUUCACAGAAUUGUUUUCCAUUCCUUUUGUUAAGGACUGGCUAAAGGACCAUCCUAGACCACCAAUUCCUCUAUCUCUGCUUCUAUCAGAAGAAGAAGCAAGCAUACUAAUUCAGUCCUUCUGGAGAGGUUAUCGGGUUCGUUGUGAUAGUGAAAUACAAGAGCUACGUCAGUGGCAAAAGAAGCUCUGGGAGGAGAGGCACAUUACUGAGGUAGUGAAAAAAUUCUGGACUAAACAGGAAGCCAAAGUGCGAAGCAAAUCAGAAGAGCUGGACGAACGUACCCCAAAUCCUUCAACAUAGCAUUUUUAGUUUCCUCACUAAAAUUGCAAAGCACAGAGUUCAUGGACUUUGUGAUACUGAUUUAGAAGCACUUUUAGCAUUAAAGUUUUACAUGUGAGGUAUUGUAAAGCAAAGGCUGGUUAUGUAAGGACCCAGCAGGCCAAGACAAAAUUCAGUCUUAGUCUAAGUGAGCACAAUUCUGUUAGAACAGACGAAAUGGUGCACAUCUAGCCAAAAAUGUUGAAUCUGUGUUUAUCUGUGUUCCUGAAUGCUCACUUAAAACCUCUUCUGACAGGAACAAGAGUGGAUGAAAUUAAAUGUCAUUCUACCCACGUGUAGGCAAGUGUUAAAUCUUCAUUUAUCAUAAAGUGGACUUCUCUGACCCCUGCAGAGCUGUGACAAUUUACACAAAUCCAGGCUCUGUUCAGAACGGUCUAAGCUGCAGGAACGCUGUGCCCCUGCAAUUCCAAUGGAAGGCAAUGAGAGCCGGGGUUGCUCUGCAUUUCUGCAGGGGAGAAAAGUCAAAGGCCCUUUUGUGAGCACUUAGCACAUGUGCUGAGAAAGUGUAGAAUUAAGAUCCCACUGUCAGCAUUUUCAGCAGUCUUAUGCAGGCUACUUACUUAUAUCAGGUCCAAGCACAGUAAAAAUCAGAUUGGGCCCCCUGCUAAGGAACCCUUAUUAUUUUUUAACUUAGCCCUGUCAAGCACAGUCCAUUUCACAAUUAGAGAAGAUAGCAGCAGAACUACAAAUAAUUCCACGUUAGUUAAAGGGGUAGUUGUUUUGACUGAACACCUAAUAAAACACGGGUGGUCUCUAGAACUUGGUUCUACAUGGAUUUCUCCCAUCGCUUGCACAGACUUUGUCUUUACUGUUCCACCAGUACCCACCCCUUGGGUUUUUUCCCAGUUGGUGAUGAUGGUUCUUAUACCACACCUGGAAAAUCAAACUAUUUGAAGAAAAAAAACUCUCAUCCUGCACUCUUCAAGCCCAGCUGUAUUCUCUUGUCCCUUCCUGUUCACGAGCAUGAGCAAUUGAACCAGAACAGGAAAACUGCUGAGCCAACACAGGGGAAAAAGAAAAAUCCCUUUUGUGUUAAGAGUUUGGCUGCUGAGCUCCUUGACUGGCUCACCGUGGGUUUGAUAGGUGCCAGAACUAAGGGUAAGUGUGGGAAUGUGGCCAAAGGUGGAGGAAUGUGGUUUAGGAGCCCUUUCCUUCAGUUUAACUUUGCUUAUAUUGAGGAACUGCACCAAGGGGCAAUUCUGUCUGUAGCACUGCUCGCUGCAAUGGAAAAAAAUCUGUGUGGAUUUUAAAACCAAGUGGACGCAAACGUUGUAAGUAAAUAGUAAAGCCUUUAUUCUCAUUAAGAACAGCAUUUUGAAAAUAAAACAUUUGCCCAUGCUUUACAA